AGCGAAUCUUAGAAGUUGAAAUCUUCGCUGUCUCGUUCUACGCAUGCGUGCAUGAGCGACAAGGAACUGGAUGCAAUUUGCGAAUAAACGUGUACACUACGUUUGUUUAAAGAUGCUGUUUUUUGCCAAUGAAUGCACUAAUGCUUAACAUCCACUGUUUUUCAUUAAAUGGGUUAUUCCGACAGUUACACAUACGGGAAGGCCUUCAUCCCCAGUCUCUCCUGACGUUCAGCCGGAGUGUGCACCCCUGGUCAAAGCUGGAGGGAGUUUCCAUCUCUGCCGCGGAACUUUCCAUAAGAAGAAACCAUUCUGGGAGGUACACUAUGCCAAAAAAAGACAAACCGGGUAAGAAUACACAGAAGCAAGUGGAGCCGGCUCCGGGGCCAGUUACACGAGAUAAAAGUGGGCUGAUCUGCAUCGCAAUACACGCCAAACCGGGAUCCAAACAGAAUUCUAUAACAGAUGUAUCUCCACAGGCGGUAGGUGUCGCUAUAGCUGCGCCGCCAUCUGAAGGGGAGGCCAACGCCGAACUUGUAUGGUAUUUAUCUAAAGUGCUGGAGCUGAAGAAGAGCGAGAUCACUUUGGACCGGGGUUGCAGAUCAAGAGAGAAACUGAUCAAGGUAUCUGGGUCGAUAAGUCCAGAAGAAGUUCUUGAAAGGCUAAAAAGAGCCGCGGCUGAGUGAGUCGAUAAAGGGGGGAAAUCCCGGGGGAAUUUUCAGUACUGCUUUUCUGACGAGGAAGCGCCUGAGCUCCACUGCACCAUGGACGCUACAACACGGCGCCAGAGUGUUGCAGAUGGUAUAGCCACCAUUCAGAGUUUGGGUACGGCUUGCGCCAAAGUGGUCAUUGCUCCGUCACCGUGGAUGUGUUGAUUUCAGUAUAUUUUGUUUUCUGGUAUAUAUGUAUUUUUAAUAUACCUAUAAUGGUCAAUGUCUUGACUGUGUAUUCAUGUUAACAGCUAAAGCCAAUGUUUAAUAAUGAGUCACCUGGGAGCUCCCAAGUUCUGCAUUCAUGGUUGUGGUGCACACUAGAAUUGUGCAGAACGCUGGAUAGUGAUUUAUUCGUGGUAGUGUACCAGCUCUACAGUCUACCUGAGUGUGUCAGGACACACCCUCCCCCCUACAAAUAUUUACUGUUGUGUUUAUGAUAAAGACUGUUACAGAUGGUAAGUUGUAGCUGAAUAAUUAUAUUGGCAGGAGAGAGUUUUAAAAGCAGUGUUCUGCUAGGAAGUUGACUUGAUUAAGAUUUGUUCUUGAGAGAGGACAAAGUUACUGUACAGUGCACCAACCCAUCAUCCACAAUCAGUGAGCAACAGAGUACUGGUCUUUACAAUUUAAAACUCCUAUAUUUGUCCCCACAUUUAUGGACUGUCCCCACAUUCAUGGUGCAACCAGGUUUUUCAUUAUGUAGGAUUUAAGCUAUUUUGGAUAUCUUAAAAGAUCAUGCGCUUUAAUACUGGCUGUAACUUGUGGCUUUUACAUUGUUGUGUUCCUCAGACUGAAUGUGUUCUGGAAAAUAUGGGAAAUAAAGUUUGUAUUCCUUAUGAAA